AUGAGCUCCCGUGGCUUGGCCCUGGCACCUCCAGCCAAGAACGUGCUGGUGUAUCGCAACGGUGACCCCUUCUUCCCCGGGAGGAGGUUUGUGGUGAACCAGCGGCGGGUGCCGACCUUGGAGACGUUCCUGAACGAGGUGACCAAGAGCAUUGAUGCACCCGUGGCCGUGAGGAACCUCUACACCCCCCGGCAGGGCAGCCGCGUGGCGGGGCUGGGGGACCUGCAGGAUGGGUGCCAGUACGUGGCUGCGGGCUUGGAGAGCUUCAAAAAGCUCGACUAUUUAAAUCAUGGAAGGAAGGAGCUCCAUGGAAUGAGGAACAAUGAGGGUCUGCAGUUCCACGCUGCAGCUCCCUGGAAGCCACGACGGCGGAAGGACACCCGCCCGCCCUGCACCAUACAUGUUUUCCGGAAUGGGGAUUUGCUGAGCCCUCCUUUCCCUCUGCCAGUCUCCAAGAGCACCCUGCUCCAGUGGGAUUCACUCUUGGCCACGGUGACAGAGAAAGCCGCCCUGCACAGUGGAGCUGUGAGGCUCUGCAGGCUGGAUGGAACCUGGGUGUCUGGUGGAGAGGAGCUGAUGAAUGGAGGAUACUACGUGGCAGUGGGAAGUGAGGAGUACAAGAAACUGCCUUACUUUGAGCUGCUGGUGCCCCAGGAUCCUGCCAGGAGGACACUGUGGAACCACCCAAAUAACAGGCGCAAAAGGCACCGCCGGAGGAAGAAAGUGUCCAUAAAACCAGAGGUCCGAGGGGGGAGAUGCGAGCUGCCCAGGAAGAGGAAGAGGACAAACACAGAAGGGAGGUUGCGCGCAGCGACCAG